AGGUGGUUUAGUCCAUAAUAUUAUGUACUAGCUUAGUUUUUGAUAGAAGAAAACGUCGAAGAAAUGAACGCCUCCGACAGACGUGAAAGUGACUGGCGAGGUUUAGUGAACGAGUUUCUGAUAUGCAAACGCAAGCUGGAGAGCAAGAAGGACGCUCUUCUCAUUUUAUCCAAAGAGCUGGACACCUGUCAACAGGAGAGAGACCAGUACAAGCUGAUGGCCAACCAGCUUCGAGAGAGACACCAGGGCCUGAAGAAGAAAUACAGAGAAUUAAUUGAUGGUGAACCUUCACUUCCGCCAGAAAAACGCAAUCAGGUGAAUUUGGCGCAGUUGUUGAUGGAUUCACGGGAGAAAAAUAAGAAGCUGGCUGAAGAAGUAAAGGAGCUGACACAGAGACUAAGUGAGAUACAGGGAGACAAUAAGCUUUUAAGAAUGACAAUCACCAAGCAGCGUCUCGGAGAUGAGGAAGUUGGGGUCCGACAUUUCCCGGCUCAUGAGCGUGAAGGCUUGGUCAGACAACUUGAACAAGCAGCGCUGCAGAGAGAAGAGCUUGAACACAAUCUGAAGACGGUGAGCGAUGAGCUCCAGGAUAUAAGGGCCGAGUGCACUGUGUUUAAGGAGAAAGCUGAACGCCUUAACCGUGAGCUGAACCACAUUCUGGGCGGCCAGGAGAAACGCAUCAUUGAUGUGGAUGUCCUCUGCAUGGAGAACAGAUAUUUACACGAAAGACUGAAACAAGUUCAAGAGGAGGUCACACUGUUGAAGAGUAACAUACAGAAGUAUAAGAUUGCUCUGGAUCGACGAAGAAAUGCAACAAUAGGUGACAAGUCCAACAGCAGUGCGCUAACCGGAGUUCUUUCUCCUAAACAAGUGCAGGAGUUGUUAUCAGAAGAUCAUGGCUGCAGUUUACCAGUCACACCUCAGUCCAUCUCAGACCUGAAGUCUUUAGCAACAGCCUUACUGGAGAACAUUCAAGAAAAGAACAUUAUCAUUCAACACCAAAGACAGACCAGCAGGAUUCUGGGAAAUCGGGUUGCUGAUUUAGAGAGGAAGUUGAAGACUCUGGAAGUUUCUGGACUUUGGAGUCUCCCAGGAGCUGAAGAUGCCAUCGUGCUGACUGAGAGCCAGUGUUCCACCCCUUUCUCCUCUCUUGGCCUUUCGCAUCCGCCCGAAGCCUCAAAAACAACUAACUCACGACCUCCUGCAGAUGACAGGACAGGAAGAGGAUGGCCAUCGCCAUGGGAGCAGGACACAGCUGGCAAUGACAGCUUCCCAAACAUGUGGCGUGGCUCCCGCCCCUGUCCAGAUGGAGGCGGAGAAGAGGUGGACGCACCUGUCACCCCUGACAACAGGGAAGAGAUCAUCUUGUGCGGGACACAAAUCGUGAGACGGACUGAGGUGAAGGGAGGUACUGUGGAAAAGCUGGGCUUCUGCAAGGAGGCGUGUCCCAGGUUGGAGGUGGGACCUGGUGAGAUUUUAGGAGAGGAGGUCAUGAAUUGGCAUCUGAUGGUGGAGAGGAGUGAAGAUGCAGCUCCGUGUUCGCAACUCAGAGUGGCACAAAAUGCGUGCGUUCCUCUUGAGCAAAGUGUCUGUGAAAAUGUCAACUUUCAGACGUCGGUGGAAUUGCCAAGAAUUAGUUUUGAGGAUAUUUCAGAAGGUACCACCGUAGAUAUAACCAGUGUAAUGAAAGAGCGUGAUCAGGAAAGCAACUCUUCUGUUCUGCAGGAGUGGGAAUCUGGAGAGGCCGACAAGUGCCGAAGUCAAAGUGUUGCCUGAUCAAGUUCCUAAGAGAUUGAGAGAUUAUAAUGCUCUUCUUAGAGACCUGUUGGGUAUAGCAAUCAAAUACAAAGCAGUUGACUUGUAAAUCCCCCCCAAAAAGAUUUAAUUUACAAUAUUGAAGCAUAAAAUCCUCAAUUAUGUACAUUUUAAUGAUGUGGUCUUAUAUUAUCAAUAUUAAAAAGGAUGAUUUACCAAAAAAUGAUAAGUAUUUGAUCUUUUGCUCUCCCUCAUGUUAUUCCAAACCUGUAUGACUUUGUUUCUUCUGCAGAACACAAAAAUAUAUUUUGAACAGUGUUGGUAACCAAACAACAUCGCCCCCCAUUGAUUUCCAUUGUAUUGACACAAAACCACUGAGACAUUUCUCAAAAUAUCUUCUUUUGUGUUUUACAGUCACAGAUUUUGAACGACACAAGAGUGAAUCAAUGACAGAAUUGUUAUUUCGGGGUGAACUAUUCCUUUCAUUUCCGGUUGAUUUUUGGUCUGAUGAAGGGUCAAUGAAGAAACGCAGUGACCUGAGACAUUAACAUUGUCCUCGUUCAAAUUUGGCUUUUUCUUUCAUUUACGUACAUGCACGCAUAUGCAUACUUGUUCAAAAGAAGUGGCGUACUCGCACCUCACCGAGUGGACUCAGCUGGCAGCUGGCUCUUAAGCGCAAAUAAAAUAUCAAAAAACAAACUUCUGAACUGCUUGUUCGGCAGAAGGCAUGCUUCUUCACUUUCUAUCUCCCAUUUAGAAUUAUCCAAACUGGGCGGCAUGAUGCCAGGGAGGCAUUAGCGGGUAAGGAGUGACUUUUGGGAAACAGAUGGGAGCUAAUGGAGUUAUGAGGCUAACAGACUGCAGGGUGAGGUUAUCCGCCUUAUUUACCAGCUCAACAAUAGUAACGAGAGUAUAAAGAAAAUGAGUCAUGGCUUUGUUAAAGUAAAGGUGGAGUAACUAUGGUUAUUAAGCAUUAAGUACUACUUGUAUACCAUAGUUUUACAAGGCUACAUUUACCAUUUGAGUGUGCAUGAAAUCCCACAUUUUUCCGUAAGUAGGAGGCGAUCCGUAUCUCUUCAUGCCUCUUGUUUUCAUCGGCUCGCUGUCAUCUCUACCGUCACUUCUGUCUGCACCCGUCACACGCAAAGCUCCCCGACACCACAGACUGACUGGCUUUCACUCUACCACAGUAAAACUCUUUGACUAGUGGUAAAAUCAGAACUGUGAAGUGACACUGAUUCACUCCAUUAUGCGUCGCCUCUCGCGUUUGCCUGCUUUCGUGCCGACAGGCCGUCAGUCGUCAGCUACUCAUAUUCUCCAGCUGCUUUUUCUUGCUCUUUGGUCUUAUUAGACAAGAAACGUGGCAUUCUUACAGAAGGUUGCGCAAACAUAUACUCUUGAAUUAUUCAUUGAGAGACGUAAAGUGUACGCUGAACUAGGUGAGAAGGGUGGUUGUAUGAAAUCUAGUGGGAUUCAUUUUACAAGGAGCAUGAGCAGCUCGUGAAUAUUUGUCAGUUUCUGUUUAUGAAUAAUGAAGUUACAGUUAAAGUAUUAGAAACGUGCGAGAUGAAGUAUUAUUAGAUUUACGUAGGUUUACAUGUCUUACAAAAAAGCAUUACAUGUGUGCAUUUUGAGGCAAAACAAUGGCACUGAUAUAUUUUAAGGUAUGUUAGUGCAAGCUGUGUUCAGUUUAAACAGCUCUAACAUUUAUUUAAGCCUAGGACUAGUCUUAAACCCCGUACAGGAAUCCACCCCAUAGCACUAAUCCUUCAUUCAAAUCUGGCGUGGCGGCCAAUGACAGAACUUCAUUCCGUUGCACAUCAGAUCUCCCUUUUAAAUGAAUUAAUUUCAUCCAAUUAUUUCAGCGCUUCUCCCUUCAACAGCAACGUCCCAAAUAUACCUUAAAGGAAUAGUUCACCCCAAAAUGAAAAUUUUGUGAUCAUUUGCUCACCCUCCAGUUGUUAUAAACCUGUAUAGAUAUAGGACAAAAGACUACUAUGGGAGUCAAUGGUGACCCAAAAAGGCUAAAUAACAAUCUUUCAUUAAAAUAUCGUAAUUUGUAAAAUAUCGUAAUUUGCGUAAUCUGUAUUUCACAACAAAGAAAUGUAUACAGGUUUGUAAGGGUGAGCAAACGAUGACAUCGUUUUCAUUUUUGGGUGAACUAUUCCUUUAAGACGAAGCACAUGGAACAUUGUGUAUGCCCUUAUUUAUAUUCUGUUUGAUUUGUUUAUGCCUUGGAAAUUGAAGCGGCUUGUCUAUGGUCAUGGUUCAGAGACCGCACAUAAAUCAUAAAACUCAACUUCUUGACAUUCUGGAUGUUGAAUAUAUGUUUAUAAAUAAUAUAAAAUAGAGUUGAAGUCAUGUAUCUUAUGUGUGAUAUAUAUAUGUGUAUAUAUUGACAUUCUAAAGGUAAGGCACGCAAAAAAUGAAUUGACAAGAUUUGCUAUUGGUGCAUUUAAAUCAUGUUGAAAUAAUCUCACGAUUUAUGUGUGCAUAAUUUAUGUGUACGAUUUAUGCUGCUAUAAAAUUGCUGUAAUUGCCAAACAAAAACGUUUAGAGUUUUAUUAAGAUGUAGAUGCUGUUCAUAGUAAAAUACAACGCUUUUGUUGUGAAUACAAUAGAUCUAAUCAAAGUUUUAUAGAAAUAUAUCACAUUUCCCAAAAAUAUUUUUUCCCAAUCAAUGAAAACAAGUUCAUCUUUCAUUAACAGAGGACGUUGAGUGAUUUAUUUACAAUAAACGAACUGAAAAUCAAUCAAAUGCAAUUAUUAAAAAAUAUAUUACUUUGUAAAUGUUAGACUUUUAUAAAUGAAUAAAGUCUUAAAUUUGUAAAAAUCCCCAGAUGCCAUUCUAUACAGAUCACACAGAGUUAGCUAAUUUUUCUCUAAACAAAUGUGGAAAAGAAAUUAUGAUAUUUAAUACAAAUAUAGAAUUUCACUUUUUGUAUUGCGUUUUGCU